UUACUCAUAGUAAAGCAAGGCUAAAUUCCAGGCAGUUCAGGAUUAGAAAAAUUACAUUUUCACUGGCAGACCUAUUAUCAAGCCCCAAAGUUGUUCAAAAUAAAAAUUUCAUGUUUUUUUAACGAAUUAUCUCGUUCGUGUCAUUGAAAGUGUUAAACUGCUAUUCUUAUCUCAAUACAAUUCACUGCAGACACACACAUAAAUAACAAGUGAAAAUAUUCCAAACUGAUUGGAUAUGGUAAUUACUAAAGUACGCUAUAAUUAGUUAUCAAGUACAGCUGUGCUUUAUAGUGUAAUCUGGCAGCUUUCUCGGUGUCUGAUAUUAGUGAGACUUGAAGUGAAAGUUUUAUUCGCCGAGUGAUAUAACGGUCUCUUGAAACUAAUAAAACGAUCACAUUCAUAAAAAGGAACAGCAACUUUGCUGCUGCAUUUUCUUAUACGAUGCAUUUGAAAGUUCAUUUAAUGCAGUCGUCUGGCGUCCUUUUACUGGUUUCAGCGACUUUUACGAACUUUCAGAUCUCCUCGUGAUACUUUCAUUAGUGCAUUAGACUAGUCCGUCUCUUAUGAAGCCUUAGACCUUAACAACCUCACAGUGUCCUCACAUUUUCAUUGCUGCUAUGCGAUAAAAUCUACAAUCCUUCAAUUUGCCUGGACAUUCGCAACUAAUGGGGCAGAUACCACCAUAUAAAGAGGCUAUUUCUUGUGUUAAAUCAAAACCUAGUUGACAACAAUAUAAAGCAACAGAUGUUUUCAUGUGUCCCAUAAAUUAUUCGAACUGCAACCAACAUUGUCCUAAUGUGUAACAUUUUCCACGUCACAAUGUCACGAAUGAGAGAAGUAUCAGCGAUCCUGGUGGUGGUAAUCGCAUUGUUGACAUCUGUAGCAGGAUCACCACAACCCGAAGAAACAAAGAAUGAAAUCGACAACCCAACACCAAAGAAAUCAGAGGCCAUUGCACAGAAAACCGUGUCACAGACCGUGACGUCAUCAUCACCAACUGACAAGGUGCACAUUACACGAGCACCACCAAUACCGACUCCUUCCAGCGGCUUCUCCAAAUUCAUUAACGAUAUCUUCCAGAUUCCAAUAUCAGUUCUUAAGGCCGUCAGUAAUUUCCUCAGCAACAGUUUUGGAAACGGCCAACUUCAGCGGAAAUCUUAAAGCACUACUUUGAACCAAACCAAAACGGAAGGAAGCUCAACGCAAGGACCAAAAACGCUCAAACACAGGGGCCGUCGGCCCUAAAAUAUCCAUCGUGCAACUCUCAUAAUGUGCUUCCGUUACUAUUAACGGGAUCUUGCCUAAAGGGUUUGUAACAUCGCUGACAACAUUUAGAACUGGACAUUACGUUCGAAGGUGUAUUUUCUGAAAUGUUUAGAGAAAGAAUUUGUAAACGUUUUUACGUUUAAAAUAAGAUCAAUGUGUGAUUCAUUUCUAAAUAAAAUGCAACAGUGUUGAGUUUCAUACACAGCCUCGCUUCCAGCCUUCGUGGCUUGUAUUAAUUUAAAAGUGAAAUUCAGUAGAAAUGGAACAGUCCUCAAAAAUCUAUAAAAGUGCACAAGAUUCAACUCCGGGAACUGAUAGGUUAAGCAAAACUGUAAAUUAAAGAAUUAUACUAUCCGUGUAUAUUCAAUAAACUAUGCUUUAUGUAACAAGAG